UGCCGUAUUCUUCGUGUGCCUGGUUAACAGUUCAUACCAUCUUCGCCUUUUCCACUAAGGACAGGUAUAUCAGCAGUGAACUCAUAGCUUAGUGCAUCUGCGUUGGUCAUCGAGUACGCUACGAUCGAUAAAACAGCAAUAAUCAACUGAAAAUGUCGCCAAUCUCAGACUUCCGCAAGAAGAAGCUGCUGUACGUGUUCAACGUAUUCUUUGAUGUCAACCAGAGCGGGGAAAUCGACCGUAAAGAUUUCGAAUUAGCUAUUGAGAAAAUCUGUGAACUUCGCGGCUGGCCAGCUGGUAAUCCGAAGAAUGUAGAAACGCACGAUAGCAUGUUCAAGAUCUGGGAAGGCUUGCGCUCCAAGGCGGAUAAAGAUAACGAUGGCCAGGUAUCCGUUGAUGAGUGGUGCAACAUGUGGGAUGCCUACGCCAAGGACCCAAGCACUGUCAUGGACUGGCAGCUGAGAUACAUGAACUUCAUGUUUGACCUCGAAGAUGCCUCACACGACGGAACAAUCGACGGUGAUGAAUUUUCGAUUGUGUGCUCCAGCUACGGUGUUGAUAAAAAUGAGUGCCAGGAGGCGUUCAAGAAGAUGUCAAAGGGCGCCGUGGAGGUGAACCGUGAGCAGUUUGCCGAGCUAUGGCGUGAAUACUUUUCAUCCGAUGAUCCAACCUCACCCGGUAACUUCAUUUUUGGCAAAACGUCUUUUUAACGGAUUCACACACGCCUUUGAAUGUGACCGACCCGCAAAUUGCCAAUAAUGGAGAAAGUAUGACGCUGAUAACGAUGAUGAUGAUGCUGAUGAUGAUAAAACCAAACGACACCUGCAUCGUGGGUGAGAACGGGGAAAUUAUCCAAAUGCUACCCCUCCCAAACAUGUUUCGACGAACAAAUUUUGAUUAGCGGUCCGCGGCUCCAACAUCGGUUUCUUACACUUUUUGGUAAACGGGUAACAAUGCUAGUCAAAAUAAAGCAGAUCAUGCGGUCUUAGUUUUUGCUGUCCUUAUUUUGUGUUUCGUUCUGUUUAUUUAAAAUGUAUUAUUUGUUACUUUGGUAUAUGUUUUUGCUCGUACAACGCCAAUAGUAGCAGCAAACCUUGAUUGUCCUUGAUUGAUGUGUGCGUGUAGGCAGCGAAAUAACACGUAAAUACAUUAUUUAUGAUUCAUUCUACUGGAGAGCAAGGUAACAUCAAGCCACAGAGAUUAACCUUUUGAAGAAACGUAAAGAAAGAAUUAAGAAUUGAAACCAUUUACCUAUUCCCAUGACCUGUAAGAGAGUUUAACGAACAGGAGAUGGAAAAAGUGGUUGGCCGUCUCCCCACGGAAAUCCGAAUAAAUUCAUAUCUACUAUCUUUUUGCUGUUCACGUCAAAGCUAGACUAGAAUAUUCGAAGAGAUGGGUAAAGGGAAUGUUAGCUUCCAUUCGUUUUCGUAUGUCUAACUAAGUUAUUAUAAAACAUUUUAAAAAUGAAAAAAAACCAACGUACAACACUUUACAAAACAAACCUCAUAUCAUACAUGAUCGUAAAAAAACUAUAGCCGGAGAUCGAACCGAUUUGCGUUUAAGCUGUAGGCAUUAUGUUUGACUUCAAUCAAAAUUCAAUCAACGUUUGGUUUUGCAUUUUAUCUUAUUUAAUGAAACAGAUUUGAUUUUCUUGAUAGGUAGACAAAUCGAAAAAAUACACAAUUGAUGUUGAAUGACAUUUACCGACAAUUUUGCCAUUGUUCGUGAUUGUGGAGCGCGCGUGUUGAAACACUAAAGAACGCAUCAAUGUGCAGGACAGUGGAAAAAAAUGCUGUUUAGAAGAAAACCGGAAACAUCCAACAAUCACGAUGGGAAACUCGAAACUUAUGAUUGUAAGGUCGUUAGAAGCGUUCUGUUUUGGAUGAUAAUAAUGAAACAAAACCAUUACAUAUGCAUGUGUAGUAGAUCCGACACCUAGAGGAGCGUGAAUGUUAUAAUCUGAAUUUGUGACCGUUUUUAAAGGAAAAACCUUGUCUUGUUGCUAACUGAAAUCACAAAAACACUUGAAGGUAUCUAUAACGAAACUUUUAACUUAUCUUGUGUCCGUGUCCACAAAGAAGAUGUUCACUCUCUAAACUAUUGCUUUGACUCCACUCUUUGAAAUCGUAAACCUACAUUGAACUUCAUAACUCUGCCAAGCAAGCAAGCGAGCGAGCGUAGAUGUUUUUUGGGAAAGAAUUCGCAUUCUACUUCAUGUCUAGCGUUACUGUUACUACUUUAAAGAGUAUGGUCAGAACCCAACUUUCCUUCUUCUGUUCCGCACUUCUUGUUCUGCCCGUUACAUUAGCUUACCUUCCUAACCCAAUACACCUAGCAUCAGUACAUUUGUGCAGUCGGGUCGUGUGCGUGCAUUCAAACGAUUCAACAGGGAAAUCGGCCUUAGCUGAGAUCAUUAAUUGGAAGCAAGAGCAACAAUUGCAAAUGUUGCAGACAAAAUCAAGAGCAAAAAUCAAACCAACCACAUUCUGGCAAACCCAAAACCAUGCAACCGUGCGGUGUUAUGUCUACGGUACGAAACUAGACAACGUGGUGGUCGUCAAUUAAAUGUAUCUCGUUCGUGUUGGAAAUGUUGCCUACUGGAACACAUCUUCGGAAUGUGGAGAUGGACCCAUCAAAACACCAUUCGAAUGUCAAUUCAACUAUUGGUACAUCAACUCUUGCUCCAAAUCGAUUUACCUUUAACGAGUAGUAGUUUUCUAAACGAUUGAACGAACGUGUCUAUUGAAUGUCUAUUCCACGAAUGUACUGUGAGAGCUCGUCAGACGUGGAGUUAAUAUCAUUACCUACGAACACACAUUAAGAAACCUAUAUAGAUAUAUUAAUGUUGAAUGUUAUGAGAUUUGCCGAAAACAACAAUCUGUCAAACAAAAUUUGGUGAAUAAUAAAAGUGUUUUAUGUGGAUAA